AUGUCGACGACUAGUAGUAGCGCCUUCGCCAUCAAUGCCUCUGCUGAUGCUCCUGCGAAUUUCACAGACACGGACGAUCGAGAGCCUUCGCCCCUAUUCCUUAAGCUUCUCAAGAUCUAUAUCAUGGCAUGCAACCUCUGGGUAGCCAUCAAGUCUUUCUUCUCAAACAGGGGCAUAUGGAAGCCGGAACCCGCGGUAGAGAGGCCCACCAAUUACGAGAAGCUUAUGGAUCUCGCACAGCGACACGAGUAUUUGCAGUGUCAUAGAAAGCGGAAAGUUGCCAAAGAAAACCACCCCGGCGACUACUUCCAGCAACGAGUGUUCACCCCCGAGGACGAUCGGAAGAUGUGGAAGACUCUGUUGCUGCCUACCAGCGAGAGCAAAGAGGAGAAGGAGAAGAGGAAGCGGCAGGAGGAGUCUAAGUAUCUCGUUGACUUGAUCGUUCAGAUGCCUAUCCUGAGUAGGCCUUGCACCGAAAUUGAGCAGGCCAAGGCUGAUGAGCAAGUUGAGCCUGAUAAAGGGCCCAAGGAAAACAAGCAAGCUCAUGAGGGAAAUCAUGACAAGGAAGACAAGCAGGCCAAGCCCGAUGAAGUUGACCCACACGACUGGAAGGUCGAGGGUGUACUUGCAACCAUCGAUUACGAGGCGCUGGGUUUGCACUGA